CCCAUAAGCAAGCAUUCGUGCCUAUGGACUACAACACCCAUCAUGCUCGUUUAGUUCAUUGAUGAGAUUGAACGUUCUAGCACAGUUUCUAAUACUUUCAGAAUAGAAACAGCUGGACAGCAUUACAAAACAGAAAAAGCCAACACAUUUUAUUAAAAUGCUUUGGUUUGAUGGCUCUAUUCCAGCAGCCAUCAUCUCCGCCAAACAACAGAACUCCAUCUUCGUCGUUGUAAUAACAGGUAUUGUUUUGUAGAUUACAGUAGCUAGCCAGCGCAGAUUUGCUUGCUAGCAAACCAGUUGAGUUGAAUGAUUCGCUAGCUAGAAAACUGUGCUCAGCUCGGGAGAGCAAACGAGCUCUGUCAUUGUCAGUAAGCAAGCUAGCUAUGAAUAUCAACAAUAUGAAACGCAAACUGUCGAUGUAACGUUAGCCAACGGGUCGAAAGGAAAAGGAACGACAGCUGUCAAAUCUCAGCUAACUAACGUUAACUAAUCAUUAGUCAACUGGGUUCCACGGGGAUGCAAUGAACUAGUUUUUAGAAUAAAAAAGCGUUGUUAAAAAUGUCCUGUAUCCAGCCUAACUAAUGCGAUUUAGCUAGCUAGUUAACUGUUAGCGAACUGGUUAGUUCUAGCCGUUUAUGACAACUGAACUGGCUAGCUUGCUGACCCGUUUGUUUACAUCAGAAACAUAGGUAGCGUGUUUCUCGUCAUUAUUCACCGUCCGUUCCUUGCCUAAUAUUAAGUAAAACCAGCGACUGUCACUACCAACAGACUUGUCUUGUGGGCAGUGCGAGUGAUGCAAAUUAUUCACCACUUUUGACAUUCUUGCCCUCUACCAGGCGACGAUGAGGUGUCAGCACAAAUGAUGUCCAGUUGGGAUGACGACAGAGUGUCGGAGGCAUCCCAUAACUGCUGUGUUGCAAUCAAGGCAGAUGCUAAUAGGUAGCCUAUAAUGCAAUCCUACACUAGUGUGAAUAUGACACACACGCCUUCCUUACAUUAUUUUCUAAUGACAAUAGUAAUACUAACAUAAAUGUGAUGUCUUAUGUUUCAUAUUUUUAUUUUCUUCCAGCGAGACAUGCACUCAGUUCUCCCAAAUCUGUAUCCUUCCUCUCCAAAGGGUUUUUAUUACCCUUAUAGUUAGACUGUUGUGUUUCUGAUCCCUCAGUCUUUAUUUUGUGUAGAAGAUGUUGCAUAUUAUAAUCCCUUUAUUAUUAUGUUGUUGUUGUUGUGCACGUUGGUUUGCCCUUAACUCCCCCUGAAGACCCAGUGGUGUGCAUCCCAUCCAGUUUCUUUAUUGGAGAGAAUGGAAUCCCCCUGGAAGUUGUUGCCGGGAGUGUCUCUGCAGAGGAACUCAUGAAAAGAAUCGACAAAGUCAAACAGGUAGGAUAGCCAAUGCAAAACAGAAAAUACUUAAACAAUAACAGUAAAUGGUCUCCAAGAGCACUGAGAUGUAAGGCAGAAGGUGUCACACUGAAUAUGCAUCUCUUGUGCCAUACAGAUGCACGCCCAGCAGAUAGCAGGUGAGGGAGCGGAAGCAGGGGCCCCCAUGGAGGCUUGCCACCCAGCUGUGGUAGCCUCAGAGCCAGCCUCAGCACAGCCCCCCUCACCCUCACUGGAGCUCCAGCCCAGCCACACACCACCAGCAGACACAGACAGUGCAGCAGUGCCAGUAACAUCUAAAGGUGUGUUUGUGUGUGAGACCACCGUGGAUGGAAUGCUGAUGAAUGAUAGUUGACCACAGUAGUUUUGCUGCAUAACAAUGCAACAAAAUACAAGCAGUUGCGCUAUACAGAAAUGCUGUUCUGUGUGUUACUAGAUACACUACAUGACUAAAAGUAUGUGGACAGCUGCUCAUCGAACAUCUCAUUCCAAAAUCAUGGGCAUUAAUAUGGAGUUGGUCCCCCCUUUGCUGCCAUAACAGCAUCCACUCUUCUGGGAAGGCUUUCUGCUAGUUGGAACAUUGCUGCGGGGACUUGCUUCCAUUCAGCCACAAGCAUUAUUGAGGUCGGGCACUGAUGUUGGGCGAUUAGGCCUGGCUCGCAGUCAGCGUUCCAAUUCAUCCCAAAGGUGUUCAGUGGGGUUGAGGUCAGGGCUCUGUGCAGGCCAGUCAAGUUCUUCCACACAGAUCUCAACAAACAAUUUCUGUAUGGACUUCGCUUUGUGCAGGGAACAUUGUCAUUCUGAAACAGGAAAGGGCCUUCCCCAAACUGUUGCCAGAAAGUUGGAAGCACAGAAUCGUCAAGAAUGUCAUUGUAUGCUGUAGCGUUAAGAUUCCCCUUCACUGGAACUAAGGGGCCUAGCCCGAACCAUGAACAACAGCCCCAGACCAUUAUUCCUCAUCCACCAAACUUUACAGUUGGCACUACGCAUUGGGGCAGGAAGCGUUCUCCUUGCAUCCGCCAAACCCAGAUUCAUCUGUCGGACUGCCAGAUGGUGAAGCAUGAUUCAUCACUGCAGAGAGCGCAUUUCCACUGCUCCAGAGUCCAAUGGCGGCGAGCUUUACACCACUCCAGCCGACAUUUGGCAUUGCGCAUGGUGAUCUUAGGCUUUUGUUCGGCUACUCGGCCAUGGAAACCCAUUUCAUUAAGUUUCUGAUGAACAGUUGUGCUGACAUUGCUUCCAGAGGCAGUUUGGAACUCGGUAGUGAGUGUUGCAACCGAGGACAGAUUAUCUUUAUAUGCUACGUGCUUCAGCACUCGGCGGUCCCGUUCUGUGAGCUUGUGUGGUCUACCACUUCGUGGCUGAGCCGUUGUUGCUCCUAGACGUUUCCACUUCACAAUAACAGCACUUACAGUUGACCGGGGCAGCUCUAGCAGGGCAGAAAUUUGAUGAACUGACUUGUUGGAAAGGUGGCCUUCUAUGAUGGUGCCACGUUGAAAGUCACUGAGCUCUUCAAUAAGGCCAUUCUACUGCCAAUGUUUGUCUAUGGAGAUUGCAUGGCGGUGUGCUCAAUUUUAUACACCUGUUAGCAACGGGUGUCGCUGAAAUAGCCGAAUCCACUAAUUUGAAGGGGUGUCCACAUACUUUUGUAUAUAGUGUAUGUGUCCUGUUGAUAUGAACAACUGUGUGGAUUUAAAUAGAGACACUGUCAUGAUUGCUGUUAAUUGAUACACUUGGUGUUUCUCAAAAUGCAUACUUCAGUGGUCCGAGCACGGGAGGGUCGGAGUAUGGAUCCAAAUCAAAGUAUGCGAAACGGAGCAUGGAGGGCACUUCUCGAAUGCGUAUUCCGUUUGUACAUAUUUUGAAGUAUGCAUCAAUGCAAGCUUCAAUUGAAAGUAUGCACAGAAAUAUGACACGACCGCGUAAAAAAAUGAUGCAUUCUCCACACUCUCGUCCUCACAAGAACAUACUUAAGAGAACGUCAUCGGAGAAUGCACGCGGAGCAUGAGAGUGGAGCACGGUAGUGUGCAUAUUGAGAAACACCCACUGAUAAUGAUUGCUGUAAUCCGCUUGUGGUUCUACUCAGAAUCCCUGUCCAGGCCAGCAGAAGAAGGCGGAGCAUCAGCCUCAGUGGUCGUCACCCCCGGGGAGGACAGGAGCGCAUCAUCAGAUGACGCAUCAACCAGCUCUCAGCCUGACGAGGGCCUUGAUGCCAAGGUGGAGAGGUAGGAACGACACACAACGGAGGAGCAGGGAUGGAGGGUUGAAACAUGCUUUAUCUUCUGAAACUGAAACCUUCCCUUGUGUAGGUUAACAAAGAAACUGGAGGGAAGACGUGAGCAGAAAAAGAAAGAGGAGGAGGUGAAGAACACCUCCCCUACGGACACCUCGUUGGUGUCCCAUACUCACACCUCCCAUACUGACACCUCCCAUACUGUCACCUCCCAUACUGUCACCUCGUUGGUGUCCCAUACUGUCACCUCCCAUACUGACACCUCGUUGGUGUCCCAUAUUGACACCUCCCAUACUGUCACCUCCCAUACUGACAUCUCGUUGGUGUCCCAUACUGACACCUCCCAUACUGACAUCUCGUUGGUGUCCCAUGCUGACACCUCCCAUAGUAUGGCUAGCCUAUUGAUACUUGUGUGCGCCUCUAUCUAUUUCUGUGUGAUGAUGGUCAGGGUGAAAUAAAGAAGGAGAAGGAGAUGCUGGACUUCAAGAGGAGGACGGAGGAUGAGAAGACCAAAUGCAUUAUGGAUGAGAGGAGCAGGGAGAAGGCUGAGGAGAAGGCUGCCAGGGAGCGUGUCAAAGCACAGAUCGCCCUGGUAAACAAACGCAUCACACUCUCACCCCUCAGCUUCAAAACCCACCAGACUUUGAACUAAAAUAAUAAUAAUCACUUUUUGGGCCUCUGUUUGUUGUGGUGGUGCGGAAGGAGUAUAGUGGCUGGCUGAUGCCAUUUUGUCCCCACAGGACCGUGCUGACAGAGCUGCCCGCUAUGCCAAUAACCAGGAGGAGGUGGAGGCAGCCCGGCUGGCAGCACUGCAGGCCAGACAGGCAGAGGCAGAGGCCAAGAAGGAGAACGCACACGGCCACGGGGAGAGGAGGUAUGGGGCUACUCUACAGGCACAGGAGAAAAUUGAGAUUCAGAAGGAGGUUUUAAAGAAGUCACUUUUUUUUUUACACCCCAGUAAGUUCUAUGUUGUAUGUCACCACUAAUAUAAUCAUAGCUUGACAUAAUUAAACGUUGUGUGUUGUUAUUGUCCUCCAGCGCCAUAGCAAGAAUACAGUUCCGUCUUCCAGAUGGUUCUUUCUUCUCCAGCCGGUUCCCCUCAGAGGCCAGACUGAAGGAGGCUCGGCAGUUCGCUGUCAAUGUAACAUACUUUUUCCAACUCAAGUUAGACAAGUGAAUAUUAAGAACGUUCGUUCUCUUUGGUGGGAUAUGAUAUUAAAUAUCAUAAUGCUGGCUGUCACUAAAGAGUUUGUAUUUCUCCUUUCAGGAAGUGGGAAAUCGGUACGGCAACUUCUCACUGGCGACUAUGUUCCCUCGCAGGGAGUUUACGGCUGAUGACCUGGACAAAACUCUACUGGAGUUGGAGCUGUCUCCCAGUGCCUCCAUAGUCCUGCGGCCUGUGAGUGACUUUGCUGCUUCCCUCUGGAAACCUCCGCUAAUAUUAAUGACAACUGGUAUCUAGCGGCCAUAGAUACAUCCCCCAUUUUCGACUUUGUCAUUUGUGAAUUCACAACAAGACAGUGUCCUAGUAUCACUGAACAGUUAUAUUUAGUCCUCGUACAAGUAUGUAUGGUUGACUUUAUGUAAGGUUUAGGUUUCUUUGUGUACAUUGGUUUAUCUAGUUUCCCAUGUUUGUUUUAGGGAAUUUUAGCUUGUUUUCCCUGUCUUUUUUGCUGGUUCUCCCUAGUAACACUGAGUAUAAUGUGUUUUAUACCCUUCCUAACCGCUUCCAGCAAACGGGACGGCCCAAUAACACGGUGGUGCAGUCGUCCUCUGGAGGCGGUAUCUGGGCUGUGCUGGGCACCAUCCUCUACCCUCUGCUGGCUGUGUGGAGGUUCCUGAGCGGCUUCCUCUUCACCAGCCCCCCCACCCCCGGAGCAGCAGGCCCCAGAGGCCCAGCCCAACAGCCCAACACCAACUCAGCCUCUGGUUCCUCCUCCUCAUCUGCUGAACCAAAGAGGUGAGGCCCCAUCCAGCAGGCUCUCCUAUGUUUAGGAGUAGUUGAGAUUGUUGUGAUGGUACAUUAUGGUUUGGAGUUCAGGUGACAAGACUUUGCCCGAUUGUUACAAUGUACAAUUACAUUGUAAUUGAAUGGUUAGGCUGGUCAACUGGUCCAGGUUAAUCGUUGUCAGGGGUCAUAACAGACACGUGCAUUGUUGUUGUAGCCAGAGUGCAAAUAAUUCUGAGAAUGAAUCUAGGGGUUUGAUUGAAUAGUGUGGUUCUGUAAGAUUGGGUGUUCUAAAGCCUAAUUGGUGUUUCACAUCCAUUUUCACUUUCUCAGAGAAACCCUUCGCAAACGCACACUGGAGAAGCAACCAGUAGACUUCAAACGAGACGGCAAAAUCCACAGGCUACGGAAUCACCAGGACAGUGAGGAUGAAAAUAACACUUGGAACGGCAACUCUACCCAGCAGAUGUAGUGCAAUAAAACUGUCUCUCCCGCUCUCUCCCCCUCCCUCUCCCCUUCUCUCUCCUCCCCUCGCUCUCUCCCCCUCCCCUCGCUCUCUCCCCCUCCCCCUCCCCCUCUCUCUCCCCCCCUCCCCCUCUCUCUCCCCCUACCCUUCUCUUUUCCCCUUCUCUCUCCCCCUCCCCUCUCUCCCCUUCUCCCCUUCUCUUUUCCCCUUCUCUCUCCCCCUCCCCUUCUCUCUCCCCCUUCCUCUCCCCUUCUCUCUCCCCCUUCCUCUCCCCUUCUCUCUCCUCUCCUCGCUCUCUCCCCCUCUCCUCGCUCUCCUCCCCCUCCCCCUUCCUCUCCCCCCCCCCUCCCCCUUCCUCUCCCCCCCUCCCCCUUCCUCUCCCCCUCCCCCUCCUCCCCCCUUUGCUCCCCUUUCCUCUCCCCUUCUCUCUCCUCCCCUACUCUGCUCUCUCCCUCCCCCCUCGCCACGCUUCUCUUUCCCCCUCCCUGCCUCCCCAUUCUCUUUCCCUGUCCCCCUUCUCUCUUCCCGCCCUCGUUCUUUCCUCCCCUCCCCUCAUCUUCCUCCCUCACCUCUCAUCUUCCUCCCCUCCCUCUCAGUCUUACUACCCCUCACUCUCUCAGCCCUCCCAUCAAUGCCCAUAUAUCCACCCUCCCUCUAUCUAACCCUCUCCCCCUCACCGUCUCCUCUCUCCCCUCCCCAACACUCUCUCUCUCCCCGCUCUCUCUCCCCCUCCCCGCUGUCUCUGACCUGGUGAGUGUCGGUCAGUCUAAAGGAGGAUAAUGCUAAUAUUAGGGCUGAUGUUUGUUUUAUGUUUCUCUUGUCCAAGCCUGUACUCUGCUCCUCCCCUGCAUGGGUAGAUGUAAUCAAGUUUACCUCUGACCAUUGGACUUGAACAGAGAAGACCCCCUUUGUGUUGAAACUGUUACUUGAUUCAUUCAGCCUCUUACAGAAUAUAACCAGUAUCCUGACAUGUCUACUGUAUGAUGAAGGGUUGAGACAGAGGUGUUGAUGGCCUUGUCUAAAUGAGAACUUUAGUGUUUUAUUUAAGUCAAUAACCCAGAUGACAAAACACUGUUUAAUGAUGUAUGAUAUGAGGGCUCUUGUCUGGUGUGUGCAGCAGUGUUUAACCAAGGCCGUGGCCCCUUGGUAUAGACUGCCUCCCUCGGCAGUAGAAUGUGUUGUUUCUACUACUAGUUGAACAUGGGAAACCACUGUACUCCUCUCAUUUAACUACGGGAAUGUUUUUCAAUAAACAAGCAUUUGGCUGGCUCUAUAAUUGUGUUAAAAAUAUAAUAUAUAUAUAUUUUUUUGUCUUGUCUUUUGACGCAAAGGUUUGCAAUGUCAUCUAAUGAGCUGUGAAUAACAUCAGUGACUCAGAUGGUACAGUGAAACAAUCAGAUCUUAUUGGUUCAGAUGUGCAAAAUACACUUGUACUUGAUUCUUUAUAAAAUGGUAAUGAUGACCUACAGGUCUGUGUGUGUGUGUAUAUAUAGCACUGUACAUCACACCCUGAGAACAUGAGUAGGGUAAACACGGGACAUGAUUCAUAGACUCUUUGCAAUAAGUAAUUUGGUUUGGAGAGAUUAUUUUGAUAGACUUAACUACAGCUGGGUCAUUCCAUGAAAUGAGUAUCUUUUGCAUCCCUUUGAUAUUUU